UAAAUCCGAUUUCACAAAAAAUCGGAAUUGGGUCACUUGUGAACGCAGCCAUAGAGUCUGGUACGCAUUUUAUGUGCUUCUGUUUUUAUAUAUAAACACUCACCAAUCUCCUUAAUAUCGCUCAUUCAGCCGUGUUGCAUGACAGAGCAGCAUCAACUUUUCAAACAAAAAUUACUGAUUUGCUACGAAGGCGUGGAUUUGAUGACCGAGAAAAACCGAGGAGGUAAUGUACAAAUAAAAAAAAUUACAACAUGAUCAAGAAAACACGACGCCAUUAACGGAGUAAAGUUUUAACUUUUUUCUGUUUGUUUACUCAGUAUUUAGUACAGCUGACUUAAAAUUAUGUUAAAAUUUAAUAAUCCUUCAUUAAAAAAUGUUGCCCUUUAUGUUAUGGAGAAACGAUCCACGUUCUUGUUGAAAGAGGCCCAACAUUUUUUUGUAAGAAAAUGGCCACUUACAAGUUAAUGGUUAGUCAAUUGAUGAGAUCAAUCAACAAACUUAUCAAUUGCGAACUUGCACUGCUAAAUGGGACUGAAAGUUUCUAAACACAAUGGCACCAUCUAGUGGUCAGAAAUAGUAAAAAAUAUAAAACCCCCUACAGAAAGUCAGUCCAGGAUAAAUUCAGAUUUCAGAUCCUUAAUAAAAGCCUUUAUUUAUACAAUAUUAGAAAUAUAUGAAAGAUGCAAUAAACAAAUAAUUCAGUUCUUUUUUUAGGUAAUAAACAUGUAAUGCCUAAAGUGCUAUAUCAUUCCUUUAGUGAACACUUGAUCAUUUGUAGCAAAGAUGCCCCUGCAGCUAAAAACAAUUUCAGAAAUAUGAAAAACUUUUCUGCCUGAUCUAACAUCAAUAAUCUGAUGAUACUUUUGGUUUAGCCGAUUAAUAAUUGGGUAGCAAAAGGCUCUAUUUACAGAAUUUGAAACUAAAACUGCAGAAGGUCUGGAUAGAACAUAUUUCCAGACAAAGAAUGUUUUUUUCAUCUUAAAUGGAAAAUGUAUACAUUUCUGCACAGCUUUAGCUUAUUUACUGCUCUGACUGUCUUGUUCUUCUUACAAAUGACCUUUUUUGAGUCUGUAAACUCCAGUUAACUAUUAAUUGAUUUCUUAAAUAAUUGAUGAUUAUUUCAAUAAUCGAUUCAUCAUGAUUCAUUGCUUAAUCCCCGUCUAUCUGGGCAAUUUCUUAAAAGUUAUUAACAAAUGAGUCAGGGAAAAAAUAGAAUCCAAUUGAUAAUUUUCAGUUCAUUCCCGUCAUGAAGCCUGUCAGGACUUUAACCCUGAGCUCAGUGGUGUUUGGGUCACCCAGCAGCUCUAUCAGGGUGCAUUGUUGAACCGUUUUGUGUGAUCAGUGUAUUGUUAGACUCUUGGGAUUGUCAUUGGGAGGCCGUGGGUGGGUGGGCUUGUAUUCUGUGUGCUGACAUGGACCUUCUGUGAGCGCAUUCAGUUGGAUGAUGACAGGGGGAGAACAGUGAAAAACGAUAAUCUGCCCAAAAAGACCAAAACAAACAGAGAAAGUCUAACUGAGAUGGAACCAAAGAGACCUGGGAUUAUCGGAGACGGAUCACUCUCUAACAUGGACUAAUCUGGGAAGCGGCACACGUUUCCUUACAUUUGGUUUUCCUGCCGUGAAGUGGACCAGGAGGGCUGAACAUGCAGGAGUCUCCAGGUGUUGCCGGUGUGGACGGCAGCUACGGCAGCAACGUGCCGGCGUUUCUCACCAAACUGUGGACGCUGGUGGAGGAUCCUGACACCAACCACCUCAUCUGCUGGAGCGCUACAGGAACGAGUUUCCACGUGUUUGACCAGGGCCGCUUUGCCAAAGAGGUUCUGCCGAAAUACUUUAAACACAACAACAUGGCGAGCUUCGUUCGACAGCUCAACAUGUACGGUUUCCGUAAAGUGGUGAACAUCGAGCAAAGCGGCCUGGUGAAGCCUGAAAGAGACGAUACGGAGUUCCAGCACCUCUACUUCCUGCAGGGACACGAGCACAUGCUGGAGCACAUCAAGAGGAAGGUGUCCAUCGUGAAAAGCGAGGAGACUAAAGUCCGGCAGGAGGACCUCAGCAAGCUGCUGUACGAAGUUCAGCUUCUGAGGACGCAGCAGGACAACAUGGAGUGUCAGAUGCAGGACAUGAAGCAGCAGAAUGAGGUUCUGUGGAGAGAAGUGGUUUCACUGAGACAGAACCACACACAGCAACAGAAGAUCAUGAACAAGCUGAUCCGGUUUCUGUUCAGCCAGAUGCAGUCCAGCACACCCAGCGCUGUGGGCCUGAAGAGAAAACUGCCUCUGAUGUUGGAUGACGGCUCUCCCAGCCCUCCUUCACCCAAGUUCAGCCACAGCCAUCCCAUAGAGCCGGUGCAUGAAUCCUACUACAUCCACUCACCAUCCAGCGAUACUGCAUCUUGUUCAACGGAUGGACUGACAGGAGGACCGAUCAUUUCAGAUGUUACUGACAUGACUCAGGCCAGCAUGGCCAUUCAGAUGCAGUCUGCUGACAACAGGCAGAAAAGCAUGAUGCUCAUCAAAGAGGAGCCUGUGAGCCCAGGAGUCCGCGGUGGAGGGAAGGGAGACGCCGCUGACGGAGGAGAGGCGGCGGCCAUGACCUCCACCUGUCAGGUCUGCUCCUCUGAGCCUCCAGUCCUCCCGGUCGCCAUGGUGCAGUCUGUCCUGGAGGGGAGGGGCUCCGUAGCCUCCAUGGUGGAGAGGAGGAACAGGAGACCCGCCCUGGACCGAGCUGAGCUUCCAGAGUCGGUGGAGAACAUAGACAUGAGUCUGGAGGAGCUGCAGCAGCUGCUGCUCAGGAGCCACCAGCAGAGCGCCAUGGAAGCUGGAGCCGGCGCCGUAAUGGAUCCUUUCAGUUUAAGCCUUCCUCUGACUGAGUGGAACUUCACAGAGAUGGAAUCCAACCUGAAAUCUUAUAUGUUCCAGAAUCAGGAAGCCGAGGCUUUUCCUGCAGCAAGCUGUGAGGAUUAGUGAGUCUGAGCCGCGGACUGUUGCAUUUUAUCUGAACGGCCACAGAAGCUGCUGUUCCGCUCAUUAUUCCACUCCACAGGAGUUUGAACUCACGGCCCUGCCAGGCUGUUUCCACGCUGCUUUAUUUCCAAUCUGUUCACAGAAGGACAUCUGCAAGGAAAGGGACAAUGGGACAAUUUCCUAACUACUUCCUGGUUAGCUGGCUGCCAUGGAUUUGAUGUCCACAUCUGCAGUUAAGGAAACAAAAUAAUGUUGUAAAAAUUCAAUUUGACUCAUUUACAGCCAGAAGGAUGCAUUCUUGGCUUCUGCACUUUAGUCUUUGUGUGAGUUCUAGGUUGUAGAUGUGAAUUUUUUUUCUUCCUAUAAAUAAUCUAUAAAAAUGUUUUCUAUUAUUUAACAUGAGAAUCAUGGGGGUUAGUGUAGAAUAUUUCACAAGCAAGUUUUCUUAGUCUGCUUAGAGGCUCCUCAACUCUUCCUCCUAAAGAAGUGUUCACUGCAAAAACACAAAAUCUUACAAAAUAUUUUGUUCUAAUUUCUAGUGCAAAUAUGUUAGUGCUCUUGAAAUAAGACCAAACGAGCUGACAAGUAACUUUUGAGCAAUAUAUAGGCCCUUGUUUUGGUUGAAUAAUGUCUUAAUAUUAGGGAAAAAGUAACGAGGAGAUUAUUUCACUUGCAACAAGUCUUGUAAAAAGUCUUAUCAGUGAAAAAAUCUGUCAGUGAAGCUAAUAAUUUUCAUUAACAUUAAGGAAUUAUUGACUUAAAACAUCUUCUUAUAUCUUACAAGUCAGUAUUGUAUUUUUUAAGUGUAUCAAGAUAUUUGGAUAGAAAGUAGACCAAAAAUACUUGGUAAGAUUUUUUUUUUUGUAGUGUUAGCCUUGUUGAUACUUCAAGCGAAAGUGUAAAUUUAAACCAAACUAACUCAUUAAUAUUGAGUUAGUGUUUUAUUGAGGGUAAAAGAGAAACCAACACAAACAGCUCCCACUUUAACGCAGACAAAGCCCAAAUGUGUUUGUCCAUCUACAUCCUGCCAACACUCCAACCAGAACCCAAACCCAGACAACCAGAUGAUGAUGGAUGGACUGAAGUGCGUCACACCGGGGAGUUUAACCAACCUAUUUCAUAUGUCCUUGCAAUUAUUUAACAUGUAGCCAAAAAGUUAUAUUUUUUUUGUUUUUACUUGUGAAACAAUGAAAAAGCAUAACCAGUUCUGCAUUUUGCACAAUUUGCAUCCCAACGUGGGGAGAACAUUGAGAUUAGGCCAUUAAUUUUCUGUUUUUAGAAGGCAGACACUUGGAGCUCAGUGAGAGUCGCUGCAGGAAAUGGAAACUAUUUGAGAUGCAAUGUUCAUCAGUGGAGCAGUAUUAUGUAAAAUUUACUUCUUUUUUUUUUACUUUACAUCAUAUUCGUAAUGUUAUUCCCUCAUCAAAUACAUACCUGGAGUGUUGCCUUGAGUCUUUCAUGAAUG